GGUGUUCUUUCGUGUCAUACUGUAAUUUGAUUGUGUAGGUGAGAAAUCUCCCUUCCUUUCCUUUCCCCUUAAAUUUACAGUUAUUGUGCUUCGAAUUUUUGUUUCUUAUAUGGCUGAAAGAUUUGGAUUAUGUAAAGAUGAAAAAAGGAGAAACUUGUUUUACCUAAGUAUUAGUCAUUUUUGCAAUGCUAUGAUGGAAAAGGGAAAAGUGUGGAGUACUCUUACUGAGAUUGACGCAUGGAUGCAUAGCAGGAUGCUUUGGAAUUGGAGUUCGUGGAAAUGGAAUAACAUUUGGACUAAUUUUCUUUUGCUUUUUUGCCCGAAUGCUUUGACUUUCUGCUUCAAAACGCAGCAUUUUGUUUUGGUUGCAAUGGCCAUUAAUAGGAAGUUAAACUUGGGGUUAAUGACUAGAAUGUUUAUGGUUGAUUUUUUUUAUUAGGAUGUAAUUCAGUUGCAAAAUGCUAAUGAGUGUUUUACUUGGUUUCCUGGUGUAGGUCUAUCUGCUUGAUU